AUGGCGGCCAAGAUCGCCAUCUCGUGCAAGCAACUUCGGCCUGUAAAAUUUCCUUUGCGAUCGCUAGUGUUACGAACAUUCUACAGCAGUAAAUCAUUGGAAAAUAUGGGGAAAAUUACAUCGUUUUCUAAUCCUGAAGUUCAGUCACUAUUAAAGAAACUCACAGGUCGUAAUUUGGAUAAAAUAUACGCCAUGCGCAAAGGAGAAUUUGAAGUUCCAUCGUACAAACUAAUGACAGAUGCAGAGUACUUAGAGGUAAUUUUUCUUUUGUUUGUUUCUCUCAGAUCUAUUUUAUAAGUGGUCUAAAAGAGCAGAUCACGUAUAUACGAGCAGACACGCGCAUAUGUAUGAAAAUUUAGAGUUCAUAAUUGUUUUUGUUUAUACUAGGUACAACAUAGAAAUGAAGAAGAAGCCGAAGCUAUGCUUGAAAUGCCACCAGUGAUGGAAGAGAGACAAGAGAUCGAUGAAAUUAUUGAAGAAAAAGAAGAGCUGGCGCAGUUUUCAGAGUCAAAUUACGUUUUUACAGAUAUCAGCACAAGUGAAUCUGAUAGGGUAGUUCAAAGUCUUCUUUCUUCUAAAAUAAGUUUUUCUGUUUUUUUUUUUUUUUUUUUUUUUACAAAAGUAGCGUUACUCUAGAGAAAUAUAUUGCCUAUCAAAAGAUGAAAAUAAUUGGAUGCUGGAAUUUGCUGUGGGAAGCUCUUCCGAGGUCCAAUAAAUGUUCCAUUCCCCAUUCCCUUUCCCCUGAGUUCAUAAUUUGCAAGGAAAUGUGUAGCAGUUAGGGGGAAGACUUAAGUAUCAGAGCUUGGGAGCUUAAGGGUUAAUGAGGAUGGAACUAAGCUUAAGUUUACUUGAUCGUGUUGUUUGGUCAUAGUUUUUUGUUAUUUUAAUCUUCUAAUUCCUCUUCCUUAAAUUAAAACAUAGUAUUACAUAACAUAAAUGGCCUUGUGGUGUGCUUUUUUUUUACUUCUCAUAUUUAUAUUUUGAUUUUUUUCAGACCAGGUCAAUAACAGUGAGAGAACCAAGUGGCAGAUUACGAAAAGCAUCCUGGGAAGAAAGAGAUAGAUUGAAUUUUAUAUAUUUCCCUAAGCCUGGAAGACAGUAUGAAAUGCCAGAACUCCUCACUGAUGAAGGAAUGCUGGUAAUGUAAACUGUUCUGUUGUUUUACUUUUAUCAUUUAUUACAAUUCUCACUCACAGUUAAGAUCAAAUUUGUAAUUCUCCUCACUGUCAACUAUACAAUUCUUAUAAUGUUAGUUUAGAGAAUUUAGUGUUGGAUCAAGUAAUUAUCCCCAAAUUGAUGUUUUCCUUUAUUCUCAUCACUUAUCUGCUUGAUAUUGUAUUGAUAUUGUAAGGAGAAAUUAUGUCUUGGUUGCUCUUGGGAGUUAAAGGGUUAAUCAAUUUAGAGCACUGUAUUUCACUGCAAGGCUCACUUAAUUCAAAAGUUUGUUUGAAUUGAAAUUUCUCCCUCUAUUUGAAGCCAGAGAUAUACUCAAUAUCUUACUGCUAGAGUUCAUAGGAGUCCUGGAAAACCUGGGAUUUUAUUUCAACAUUUUCCAGGACUUUCCAGUCCUGGAAAAAUACUACAGGCCCUGGAAAGUCCUGGAAAUCUGCUUAACUCGAACAAUAAAGUUUUCAGAAUUUAUGUUAUAAGAAAUGUAUGUAGACUGUAAGGAGAAUUGAUUUUGAAAUCUUGGGAAUAAAAGGGUUUAACCCUUUAACUCCGAUCGGAUUGUUAAUUCUCCCUUCUACCUACUACACAUUUCCUUGUAAAUUAGUUAUGAGGAUUUGAUGUGAGAUCAAUAUAACAACUACUAAAUGAUCAGUAUAAUGAAUAUUCUCAUUACCUGUUUGUUGGGUGACAUAAGGAUAAUAUGGGAAGAAGUUUCAUUUUGAUCACUUCUGGAAGUUAAAAGGUUAAGGUGAAAUUUGGAACCCUGGAAGAGUCCUUGAAAUUUUUUUCUGAAAAAGGGUACAAACUCUAUCCUUCCAUUCUUUCCAAAGUCUUUACCUUAAGUUGCAGAACCUUGUUUUUUCCGUUUGUACCUUAGUAGAGAAAAACUUGGUCAGUAACUUACAGUAGUAGUAUUGACCUUGAACUUGGUUAGUUUUCAAAUUUGUUUUGAUGGUUUUAUAAACAUUGAAUAACAAUUUAAUAGGGGUUUAUCGUUUGUCUCACGAUAUAGAGUCAGACUAUCAAUAUGAAUUUAUAGCAACAUUUCACCUGCUAUACUGUUAGUCUUCAUCAGUUGGCAAGGUUGAAAAUUUUGUGUCACUAUAUGUAGCACAUGUGUUUGUUGUCAUUGGUGCGUUAUGGUACACUUUCAUUGGUGUGGUUUGAUCCUCAUUAUAAUUCCGACUAGCAGCAUGUUCUCUAACAUUUAAUAACUUUCCUCUUAUUUACUCAGAGUUGGGUGAUUACUGAGAAAGGCAUUUAAAAUGAAUUUAAGGAGCUCACCUUUGCUACUACUUUCUUUUGGAAUCUUGGUGGAACUUUUAGUGAUUAUAUCAUUUCUUCUAAAUCAUGUCAAAUGCCAUAAGCUUUGAGCAAGUAUUCAACCUGGUUUCUUAUAGCUCAAGGAUAAACUAAAUAUGCAGAAUUUUUUAAUAAGUUAUGAAAAUCUUUUCCUUAAAUUCUAAGAAGUCUUUGAACUCUUUCAGGUUGUGUUUCAGCAAAACAGACAUGAAGAUGUUCUAGAUCUGGCUUGUGUUCAGUUUGAACCAGACUCAGCAGAUUACAUCAGAGUAUGUGGCAGUUAGAUGUCAAUAGUAAUUUCUAUCCUGUAAAUAAAUAACUCUGUUCUCCUCUAAAACCAUUUGGUCCAACAUAUACCAUGUAUAUUUUAUGUGGGAGAGACUAAUAAUUAUCCUGUCAAUCAUCUUGUUAGUUUAAAACUUCUAUUAAAUAUCAGAAAUUUAGCAAGCACUCGAUGCUUUUAUUUUGAUGUUUAUAAAACACUUUGCACCAGAGUGUUUUUGUUUGCUGAUGGGUGAGUCAAAAUUUUGGAGAAGCCCAGAAAGCAAACACAAUGUGUAAUAAAUUUCUCUAACCCAUCUUUUCUUAAAAAGUAGCUCCAUUUAAAGUAGACCAUUUUAAUAACUAAGUUUCAUAGAAAAUAGAAGAUGGAUGCUUAGUACUAAGUUUUACUCAGAAAUCAAGAUAAAAGAUUAAAAUCACUGAAUUUUUUGCACAUGCAUGAACAAACUUGUGGAUGGCAUUUUAAACUGAAUGUACAUAUAUGUCCAGUAUAUGAAGUGAUCUCAUCUUAUCUGGAAUUUGUGAAUAAGAAUUUGACUAAGAAACAUUUGGAGACAAGGGCUUUAUUCAAAAAAAGUUUUAGAUUUUCGAUCAUUUAGGUCCAUAGGUUUUCCUCUGUUUUCAGUUUUGAUAAUUUGUGAUUGUAUAAACUGGGAAUGGGAUUUUUUAAUUUCUGUUUUUAUUUUGUGCAGGUUCAUCACAGGACAUAUGAAGACCUACUUACACAUAAAAAGUUUGAAAUUUUAAGAUCAACAAGACAUUACGGAGGACUUCUAUAUUACUUGGCAAAACAACAAAAACUCAACGAAUUGCUGGAUAAUAUGAUGGACAGGGAACAGUAAGUUUAAAAUUUCUUCAUUAAUUAGACAAAUAAAAAUAAAAAAGUCUUAUCUUCUAGAGUUUUUGUUUUAUUUUUGAUGCUGUGUUAUGCUAUUAUCAAUUACUAUCUUGGACAGCAGUAAAGUUCGCUUUCAGAAUGCUUGGAUGUUGUCUGGAUCUCUUAAAAUUUCCAUGUAUUUAUUUCAUCUUGUGCAUUGAUCAAUUGGAAGCAUCAGUACCCCCUCCCCCUGAGGAAUUCCUAGGACAUUUGAACUUUUGAAGAUUGGUUUGUUCACCCACCCCUCCCCAGGACCAAAAUUGUGUUCAAGGCACAGACAACAGUCAAAAACUCAUGAGUUGCUGGGGGGAUGUUGAAGCCUAUUGGCAUAUUAGAAACAGGCAAAGGGUUAACAGAUGGUGGAUUUUGAUAUACUUUGAAAUAUACUUUCUUUUAAAAAUAAGUUCUCAGUUCAUCCCCUAAGAUCUGAGUAAUUUGCAAUUCAACCUUGCAGCUGCUACUUAAUUGAUUUUUUAAUUCAUUAAGAGAAUUUCCAAAAUCAAGAAGAUGCUUGCCAAGUGAUAAGGUCACCAUUUCUGAUCAUCUCAUUGUUAGAUAAUGUAGUGUAACUUCCAUGAGUGACCAAGACAGAAUUUCUCCUUACAACAUCAAUACAACAUCAAGCAGAAAGAUGAUGAGAAUAAAGAAAAAUAUCAAUUAGGGAAUUAUCAGUUGAUCCAAUACCAAAUUCUCCAAACUAUCAUCAUAUGAAUUGAAUGUCAGACAGUAAAGAGAAUUGCUAAAAUGAUUGUGGGAGUGAAAAGGGUUAAAGAUAAGUAACAUGUUAAUUGGUUAUGAUAUGUUUACAGGUGGGAUGACUGUAUUGACGUGGUGAGACUUCACCUACUUUGUCAUCCGGGAAGCGAGAUAACACGUCGAAUUGGAAAGAACAACUUAAAAGGCUUCUCUAUGCUUCGGGUUAGUGUUACAUAUGUAUUGUGAAUACCCACACAGUCCAAAUGUUUUCCUUGACAUUAAAGAAGAGAAGAGACAAAGGUAUGGAAGAUCAGGGUAUUUGAUGGAUUACCAGUUGUUCUGUACACACAGCAGUGUCACACUCAAACCUGCACUUGCAGUUUUUGUUAAAAAAAUUCAAAAGUAUAAAAAAUAGAAUGUUUGAUUGAAAAUAUCACACUUACCUUGCACAAGGCAAUAAUUUAGUUAUUGCUAAGGUCACAAGUAUACACAAAAGAACUCUGUUUUCAUCUUACUUGCUUGACUAACUACACAAUAAUCAACUUUUAACCCCUAAGAGUGACCGGCAUCUAAUUUCUCCUCACAAGAUUACCCCUGAAGAGAACAUUAAGGUUAUGAGAAUAAGGAAAAUGAUCCACAACUAAAUAAGCCCUUGAUUGUUAAACAAAUUCUCCUUUCAGAACCCUAAAUAAUGUACAGAGAAAGUAUGAAGAAUAUGCAUACUGAUGUUAGGGUGUAUAGGGUUAAUGUCAAGAGGGAGAUAGCAGACAAAGGUAUAGGGGUAAUUGAGCAUGAUGUUGGAAGCAUGCUUCUCCUUAUCCCCAUGUCUUGCCCCAACUUUCCCAACUUGUUGGAGCGGCCAACUAGGAAUUUUUCUUUACUAUAUCCAAGCUAAAAGGUAACAAGAAGGCAAAAUAUUGACAAAGGAAUAUUGUUUGAUUUAACAUCAAAUUCUCAGAAUGUGAAUCACAAGCAACAUAUGGGGGACAGUACAGAUUGUUGAUAUUAAGAUCUUGGAGUGAAAGUGUGAACCCUUUACAUCCUAUCAUCAGUAUAGAUAUUCUCCUCACUGUACUUUAAGCAUUUGCUAUGACAAGGAUAAUUUGUUUGACAAUCAGGAGCUUCUUAAUUUGGUGGUUAAAGGGUUAACCCAUUACACCCUAACAUCAAUACUUAUAUUAUAUUUUCUUAAGUGCUGACAAGGAGAAUUCAUUCAACAGUCAAGAACUUUAGUUGGUGAUCAUUUCCUUUAUUCUUGUGACCUGAAUGUUUGAUUCAGGGGUGUGUUGUAAGGAGAAACAGGAUGUGUCUCUUUUUGGGGUGAAAGGAUUAAAUUUUCCUCAGAUUUUUUAUAACAACUUCACUGUUCAAGAAUGCAAAGUUCUAUUUUGUCAUCCCUGAUUUUCAGGCCUUCCUCAGACAUUGUGGGACACAAGGUACAUUGAAGAAGUUAGAAGACCACAUGGCACAUCCUACUGAGGAGCAAAAUGUGGGGACAUCAUCAACCUCUGUAAAUUAAAGGCAAUGCCUUAAAGAGAAAAAUUAAAAUACAUUGUCUUGUUUUUUGGUGUUUGGAAUCAUUGUACUUUUGUAGUUUAUUUAGAUGGCAAGCAGAAGCCAAAUUUGAUUCUCAUGUGAGUGAAGUUUAAUGUUACUUGGUUUGUGCAUUCACGUCAAGGUCCAAGAGUUAAUUAAUCACGACAAAAUUGUUUGAUUGGUGUGGCUCUACUUAAUUCUUUACACCCCAAUAUCAGUAUGCAUAUUCUUCAAACAGUUCUGUAGACAUUUCCCUAAGUGCUCACAAUGUGUAACAAUCAAGAGCUUCCUUUGUCAGUGAUCGUUUCCUUUAUUUUCAUGAACUUAAUGUGCAAUUCCAGGGUGAUAUAGAGAACAUUUGGAAGAAUCACCAACUGAAGAAUUUCAAUUGCUUAGUAAAUUCUCCCAGUUGGCACUCAGGGAAAUGUAUAGAGAAUAGUAUGGAGAAUAUGCACACUGAUGUUGGGGUGUAAAGGGUUAAGGUAAAUGUUUCCCACCUUUCCCAUCUCCCCUCUUAACCCUUUAACUCCCAUAAGUGACCAAGAUAGAAUUUCUCUUUACAAUAUUAAAAGUGUGUCAAAGAGAACAGUGAUGAGAAUUGAGUAAAAUGUCAGUGAGGGGAUUAUAAGUUGAUCCAAUACCAAAUUCUUCAAACUAACAUCACAAGAACUGUAUGUCGGACAGUAAGGAGAAUUAUUGAGAUCUUGGGAGUUAAAGGGUUAAUUAACCCUCUAACUCCCAUGAGUGACAAAAACAGAAUUUUUCUUUACAUUAUCAAUGCAAAAUCAAGAAGACAAGUCAUAGGACCAAUGAAAAAUAUCAGUUUGGGGAUUAUUAGUGAUCCAAUACCAAAUACUCCAAACUAACAUCAUGAGAAUUGUAUAACAGACAGUGAAGAGAAUUGCUAACGAGAUCUUGGGAGUGAGAGGGUUAACACAAGCUGGGUACAAAAUAACUGUUCAAUCCACACAUUCAGCACAGCAAAGAGAAGAGACACAACUGACCUUGCAUUGUGAUUUAAUACUUAACUGGGAAGUAACUUAUGACAUAUCUCCUCUCUUCAGUAAAAGCUUUACUCUUCCUUUAUUAAUUAAUAGUAACUAUAAUAAUCACAAAGCCCUUUUAAGAGACUGUUGUCAUAGAAAAACCCACAAUCAGAAUAAACAGGCUGGUGGGAUGAAGUCCAAAUUACUUAUUUUGAACAAGGAAGUGCAUUCAACCUGUGAUUUCAACCACACAAAUUGUGAUAAUUAUUCACCAAGAUAAUUCAACAGGUCGGCUAGAGUGCAAAAGGUCUUUCACAAUAGUGGGCCUGAUUAACCAUCUUUUAUUUGCACACAAAGCAGUCGUCAUGGUCUUGCUUUUGCAUGGAAACUCUACUGUCUUUAAACUUGUAGUCAAGGACAGAACAACUAGUUCACAUCAGUAGAACCAAUACACCAUUCUACAGUUGCCUGCUUUGUUGCCAAGCCUUUUAACAGGAGUGAGGCUAAGGUUGACCUUGUUAUGAUGCAAAUGUUGCUGCUUUUUAUAUAUUAAUUACUUGGUUAUCAUGCUAACCAGAUACUGGUCUCUAUCAUGACAUGGUCACCUUCAGUCUCACUCUAAAUCAAAGGCUUGGCAAUUAGGUACAAAACAGAUAAAUGGCUUAUUCUGCAAGAGGUCUAAGUUCCCUCUAAAAUUUAGAUUGGAAAAAAAUUUGCUAGUAUCUUAACUACCAGUUACAUUCAAGGUUCAGUUGCACUCCUGAAACCUGAAUUUUGGUAGAAAUUACUCACAAUAAACAUCUUCCACUAUUUGAUACAUUUCUUGGAAAAUUAGAUUAAAUGUUCAAAGUGCAGGAUAAAUUUAUCUUCUGUUACAAAAGAAGAAUAAAUAAAUCAAUCAAAUUGUGCUUUUGGAUAAACUAAUAAACUUAACUCUAAAAAGUGAUUUUGAUAAUAAAGUUUUCAUCUAAUUGAUAUAACACACAUAAUUCCAAAAUUAAAUAAUUGCAUUAAAUAUUAAUGCAAGGUGUCUCCAUGCAGGUUAAGUUGAAACUCAUUGAGAUCAAUAGCUGGUAUAACUAGACUCCUUACUUGUAAUUCAGAAGACAUAUCCCUUCCCCACCAUCAAAUGUUUUGGUUUGAGUUCCCAAGCUUCUAACUAGACCCAAAAUAUACUUUGGUCUAGAUUCUAUCUUCUUUGCUUUUGGGGCUCUUAACCAUUGAAAAAUACCUCUAGGCAUAGUACUCACAAUAAACACAUGAGGGGCUGAGCACACAAGAAACCUGUGUUUUUGCUCAGACUUGUGAAAUGUUUUGAAUGUGAGCUAGCAUUACUUUAAAACCAUUGCUUUGCUUUUCAUUUUCAAGCAUAUGCAGAAAUGUCCUCUUUCCCAGAAGAAUUCUUUGCAAUUCUUUUCCUGCUUCAAAAAGCCUUUGAUGUUUAACCCUAUAACUUCAAAUAUCUCCAUGAAAGCUAUUGUUACCAUCUCGUACAUUUCUUAUCAGGUUUGUUUUGAGAAUUUGCUGCUGAGUCAAUUCUCACCACUUGGCUGCUUGAUUUUGUAUUGAUAAUGUACAGAGAAAUUAUUUCUUGGUCAUUCAAAAGUAUAUAAGGGUAAAAAAAAAAAAAAAAAACUUCUGAAGCGCUGAAUGUUUUCAAGGAAAAGAGAUCCUUUUUGCAAUGGUCAUUCCUUCAAAGCAAAGUGCAAACAGUACUAGGCAGUCUAUAUUCAUUAGGAGGUGAUCACUAAAAAGAGGUAUGCUUAUGAAGGUCUUUCAUUAUUACGAGCACAGCAAUUGCAGCUUUUAACCUAACACAUGAUAACAUACAUUUAGUCCCACUUUACCUCAGUCAGAUCUAACUGACUUGUUUCAAAACAUUAAUUAGAAACACACCAAAUUCUGAACACCAGAAACCUUUCUGAAAUGUCACGGAAAACAAAACAGCCACGCUUGAGAACUCUCAAAUGAAUGCAGCAGCCCUGAAAAGGCUGUGAUUUUCACCUUGUUUGCAUGUCCUGAUCUCCCAUGUAAUCGAUCACAACAAAAUUUCCAGAAAAGUUUGAGGUAUUCACAGCAUGAGUUCAUUAGUAACUAUUAACUUAACAAAGCAUUUAAGUAAUGUCAUAAUGUAAUACAUAUAUUGAGAUUGCCCAAAUUCAAGCAGAGAAAGUAAACAAGUGGGUUCAUAGGAAGAAAAAACAGGAGUACUUAUAACAAUAACAUAACCUGCACUAAUGAUACAUUUCAUUGGUGUGACAAAUUUAGACACCAUUAUUAAAUGCCUAUUAACCCUAUAACUCCCAAGAUCUAAUUGUUAAUUCUCCCCUCUAGCUACUACACAUUUCCUUGUAAAUAAGUUAUAAGAACUUGGUGCUCGAUCAAGAUAGCUGCUUCUACCAGAUACUGGUAAGUUAGAAUAUUCUCAUUACAUGUUUGCUCAAUAAUGUAUGGAUGUUAUAGAGAGAAGUUUCAUGUUAAUAACUUCUGGGAGUUAAAGGGUUAAUUAACAUAUAACUGGUGAUUCAAAAGUAUUUUAAGGUGUG